AUGCUUUCAGUUACCCACGAUGGUGUUUCCGUCAGCUAUGAUCAGGAACUGCUCUACGAUAUCUGGCACGCUUUUCAACGAGGAUACAAACGACGCAUCGCUCGCUUUAAGAAUAACUUUAUGGCUGGUAUGUUUCCGGCCAAUACAAUCACCAUUUCGAUUGUGAUCGGAGCCCUCUCUCUGUUUUCUACUUUUCACCGUGACUUGUCAUUUGGAAUACUUCCAUUUAUCGAGUACCACAUUUUGUACUUUCUGUUUGGUGACGGUAUCAUAGGAUUUUGCUUCUCGCUUUUAAUAUCUGGAGCCUUGAUCUGGUUUGUGUUGGUUCAAAUCUUGCGGUUAACACUUAAAACCUUGCUUUCUUAUAAAGGUUGGAUGUAUGAACAACCUGGGAAACCUCUAUCUACUUCAACAAAAUUGUGGCUGGGUUUUUUGAACCUUAUGUCGAAGUCUGGACCAAUGUUGCAUUCAUACCAGGGAGCUCUACCGCAUCUUCCUCUUCCUUCACUGGAUGAAACAGUAAAAAAGCACCUACUCUCAAUGAGGCCAAUAUUAAACGAUGAGGAGUUUGCGGAGUUAGAACAUUUGUCAGAGGUUUUUCGCAAAGGUGUUGGACGUCGUCUUCAAAGAUAUCUUGCUCUGAAGUCUUGGCUCAGCACAAACUAUGUUACUGACUGGUGGGAAGAGUUUGUUUACAUGCGUCAACGUAGUCCUAUUAUGAUCAAUAGCAACUACUAUGGAUUUGAUACUUUGAAUGAACAUCCGACACAUAAUCAGGGAGCACGUGCUGCUAAUGUUACGUACUCAGCUUUACAAUUCCGCCGACAGGUGGAAAGGCAGGAAGUCACUCCCUUCUCGCUCUCUCCACGAACGAAAGUUCCUUUCUGCACUAUGCAGUACGAGCGCUUGUUCAAUAGCUGUCGUAUUCCUGGAGAAGAGUGCGAUCGAUUCUUUCACUGGGACGAUGCCAGGCACGUAGCUGUUUAUAGCAGGGGCUGUUGGUUCAAAGUUAUUGUGCACAAUGGGAAAAGAUAUCUAGAUGCAUGCGAACUGCAAGUUCAGUAUGAUUGGAUUCUUAAUCAGGAAUUCACUCCAGCUCAAGGCGAAGAGAAAUUGGCUGCUUUAACGGCAGGGGAGCGCACACACUGGGCAAGAACUCGUGAAGCUUUCUUCCGUUCUGGAGUUAACAGAAAUAGCUUAAAUGACAUUGAACGAGCUGCAUUUAUUGUUAUUCUAGACGAUGUGGACGUUUCAUAUGAUAGAAACGAUUCGAGUAAGUUAGAUCAAUGGGCACAUAUUCUGCUUCAUGGAAAAGGAUAUGAUAGAUGGUACGACAAGUCUUUCAACAUUAUAAUAUCCAAAAAUGCACAUGUAGGAAUUAAUACGGAGCAUUCCUGGGGUGACGCAGCAGUAAUUGCACACUUCAUGGAAUGGAUGUUGCUUCGAGACAUAGUAUUCAUGGGGUAUGAUGAGAGUGGUAACACCAAAGGAACUCCUACACUCCGACUGAAACCCGAGCGACUAAAAUGGGAACUUACGGGUUCUACGCUGGAUGCAAUUGAAGUGUCGAUGAAAGUAGCCCAGGAUCUUAUCGACGAUGUUGAAAUGGCUCUUCUAGUGUGGACUGAUUAUGGUAAAGGAUUUAUAAAGAGGCUUGGUGUUUCUCCUGAUGCAUUUCUUCAAAUGUGUUUGCAGUACACUUACUAUAAGAAUCAGAACAAGUUCUCACUGACCUAUGAGGCAUCAAUGACUCGACUCUAUCGCGAAGGUAGAACUGAAACGGUGCGCUCUUGUACAACAAAGUCUGUAGAUUUUUUGGUAGCACUUUUCGUAGGUACAGAGGCCUGCGACAUUCAUCAAGAACUUUAUCGAGAUGCUAUGUGCGGAAAAGGAAUCGAUAGACAUUUAUUUGCUUUGUACGUGAUCAAGCGUUACCUCGAAGAAGAGUCUCCUUUCUUCGACCGAAUCUUUCCUCCAACAUAUCUUCUUUCUACCAGUCAAACGCCUAUGAAUCAAGUUGAAUCUGAUAUGUAUAACAUGGACCCAGCGCAAAGAGCACGGCUCACAACGGCUGGUGGUGGCUUUGGACCUGUAGCUGAUCGUGGGUAUGGCGUCUCUUACAUCGUUGCCGGAGAAAAUCAAAUUUCUUUCCAUAUUUCCAGUAAACGUUCUGCUGAUAACACGGUGCGUCUCUGCGUUUUCUUUUACGUUGCCCGAUUUUUUUCUUAUAUGAAAACUCUCAUCAGUAGCUUACCGCCUCGUAGUCGAGCCAAACAUGGUUUUUAA